AUGCCGACAGUACGGGCUUGUACAAACUGUGUCCGAGCAAAGACGAGAUGUGCCCUCAGUGAGGCCUCCGGGACAUGUGAACGAUGCGUACGCCUCCAGAAGACCUGCCAGCCAUCGCCUCCCGUGCGUAAGCGUCGUGUCGUGGCCAAAGCCUCUGCAAAAGAUGUCCAGAAGCUUGAGGAGAAGCUGGAUGGAUUGUACAGUAUCCUCCAGGGCCAGACGGGCCUGCUGAACGGAUCGAACCCGUCGGCCCAGGAGCAUGCAGUUCCAGCACCUCAUACGGACGAAGCCGUAUCCCUGUCAGUAUCUCUACCGCAGAGUUUAUCAGGCGCAACAUGUAGUCCGGCUGCUCCUUUCGAGCAGCCUCGAGCAGCUUCUCACGAGCCUAACGAUGAUGAUGCCGAAGUGUACUUGGCUAGGUUCCGCGCCGACUUUAUUGGACACUUGCCUUUUCUUGAUAUCCCAGACUCUCAAACCGCCCAUCAGCUGCGUCAGGGGAGUCCGCUGCUGUGGCUUGCGAUAAUGACUGUCGCAUCUACGCGGACAACGCAGCAGAAAGCCAUGUCCAAGCAGAUGAGAGAGAUAUUUGGCCGCGAGGCGUUUGUAGAAGGCACAAGGAGUAUAGACUUUCUGUUGGCGGUUCUGGUAUACGCUACCUGGGAUCGUUACUACGCCCUUGACAAGCCGCUUUUUACUAGUUUGAUGCAGUUGGCUAUCGCAAUUGUAUACGACCUAGGCUUGGACAAACCACCGGCGCAGGACCCGAGUCUUUUGCUUAGCUAUGAUUUGAAGGGGCACAACCGGCCGUCCCACUACUCUCGGCUGCCUAACAUGCAGGAACGCAGGGCUUUGCUGGGGUGCUUUCUCGUUAGCUUCACGUCGAAUGUGUCCCGAAACGGUGAGCCACUUCAGUGGACGCCCUCAUUCGACGACUGUCUUCGUGCAUUCGAAGAGCAAAAGGAAUCAACCUAUGAUACCCUGCUGGUGCAGCUUGUCAAACUACGUCUCAUCACAGGAAAGGUGAUGGACGCACCAGUGACGGGGCCUGGCGACACUCACUUCCUGCAGCCAUCGGCUCCAAUAUAUCUGCAGUCAUUUCAAAAGCAGAUUCGUGGGUUCCGAUCACAAAUACCUCCUGAACUCACUGACAACAAGAUCCUGCAAAUGGAGCUAUACAGCGCAGAAAUGAUGAUCUACGAGAUCGGCUUCUCGUCAGACCCAAGCAUCUUUCCCCAGCAAUCGAACAAGCAAUUCGAAUGUCUCUGUGCUUGUCUCCAGACUAUCAAGUCCAGGACCGACACCAUUUUAGCCCUGCAACCCGUUGAAUAUGUCGGACUUUCAUGCUUGAUGUGCGCCAACAUGGCACGCAGUUUCAUCAACCUCUACCGUCUCACUGUCUGUGAGUACCCCGUCUGGGACCGCAAGCUGGUGCGGGAGACAAUAGAUGUGUCAUGGGUACUGGAGACGGCGGCACAGCGGUUCACGCAGGUCAAAGAAGCAGCUGGACUGGAUCCAGAAGGUACUCAAGAACUUGAUUUCUUCAUGAUCAUGGCAGCGAAAAUGGAGGCUAUGAAGAUGUCGUGGGAUACGGCGGUGAUGCCAAUGAUGGAGGACUCUUGGGAGCUGACUUUGGAUGAUCUGGACUUGUUCUCUAGUGAAUUCCGCAAUAUGUGGAGUUGGUGA